AUGUCCAAGAGAGACGCUACAGAACACCCGGAGCAGCGGCAUCCGACUACCAAGCGCGCUAAAGAAGUCAUCUCACCCGAGACACCAUACCAGGAACUUCGGUCACUGCUUGAAGACCAGAAGCCGCACAAAAAUACCAAAAGGACGCUGCACUGGUUCAGGAGCAAAGAUCUCCGCACACAUGACAAUCGAGCGCUGCACGCGGCUUCACAGUUUGCCCAAGCAUCGAAUGCACCCCUGCUAUGCGCCUACGUCAAUUGCCCGGCAGAAUUCAGAUGGCACGGCACUUCGCCGGCGCGCACGGAUUUCAUCAUGGAGAACCUGGGACUCGUGAAAUCUGAGCUCAAGAAGCUGGACAUCCCACUAGUCUUCCUUGAAGCCAGUAAACGUGGCGAGAUUGUCCCUGCCAUCAUUGACUUUAUUCGCGAAAACGGCAUCUCCCACGUCUUUGCGAACUACGAGUACGAAAUCGACGAGCUGCGACGGGACAUCCAACUGCUCAAGGCCGCCAGCGAUGUCAAUGUCACAUCCAAGGGCUUCCAUCUAUCUAUGCACCACGAUCAAACGGUGAUGGAACCGGGCACUAUGCUCACAGACGCCGGCAAGGCCAUGAAAGUCUUCACGCCCUACCACAGAGCCUGGCUUGCCCAAGUAAAGGCGGAUCCAAGCCUAAUUGACACCGUUGCAGCCCCCUCGCGGAACACUGCCGAGUCAAAGAAGAAGCUAAAGCCCUUCUUCGACAGUCGAGUAUGCAAGCCAUCAAAGGAGAAGCAGUUCUCCAGCAACGAAGAGCGCGACCGGAUCCGCCAGCUCUGGCCUGCAGGCCACCAAGCCGCAAUGGAUCGGCUCACACAUUUCCUCGACGACAAGAUCGCCGAUUACGCAGCCACGCGGUCCCAGCCAGCUAAAGAUUCCACGUCGCGGAUGUCGGCGUACCUCUCCGCUGGCGUCAUUUCCGUGCGCGAGAUCCUGACUGCCGUCAGCAAGCGUAACAACGGCUCGACCGACUUCUCCCAAUCUGGAUGUGACGAGGGCAUGGCAGGCUGGGUGCGGGAAUUGGUGUUCCGCGAGCUUUAUCGCCAGACGACCGUCCAGACGCCACAUACGAGCAUGAACAUGCCGCAAAACCUCAAGUUCGAUUUCGUCAACUGGGAAGAUGACGAGGAAGGGUACCAGCGCUGGGAAGACGGCACGUUGGGGGUCCCCUUAGUCGACGCGGGCAUGAGACAAAUUAAGCACGAGGCCUAUAUGCAUAACAGGCUGAGAAUGAACGUGUCGAGCUACCUGUAUUGCAACCUGCUCAUCGACUACCGGCGUGGAGAGCGUUAUUUCGCGGAAACUCUGAUCGACUGGGACCUCAGCAACAACACGCAGGGAUGGGAGCCGAGCUACACGGUCUUCAACCCAGUAAGUCAAGCGGAGAAGAACGAUCCGGAGGGCGAGUAUAUCCGGAGAUGGAUUCCAGAGUUGAAGGAUGUGAAAGGGAAAGCUAUCUUUGAUCCGUACCACCGGCUGGACAAGGAUGCUUUCGAGAAAUUGGGAUACCCACCGCCAUACGUAGAUUGGAAGGAGACAAAGCAGCGGUGUAUCGAGCGGUUCAAGAGCGAUAUGAGGGACGCGGAACCUUGA